UGCUGGGGCCAGCUGUCUUGGGGCCAGAGGUGGUUUGUUAGUGCUGUGCUGUAGGGUGGUCUCCUCACGAUUACAGCAUGCAGAAAAUCAAAUCCCUCAUGACUCGACAGGGUCUGAAAAGUCCUCCAGAGAGCCUCAGUGAUCUUGGUGCCAUUGAAAGUCUGCGGGUUCCUGGAAAGGAGGAAUUCAGAGAACUUCGAGAACAGCCAAGUGACCCUCAAGCUGAACAAGAGCUAAUUAAUAGUAUUGAACAAGUAUAUUUUUCUGCAGAUUCAUUUGAUAUUGUUAAAUAUGAACUGGAGAAGCUUCCACCCAUUCUCAAUUUGCAAGAAAUAGAAGAGUAUAGAGACAAAUUAAAACAACAGCAAGCUGCAGUCUCUAAAAAAGUAGCAGAUUUAAUCCUUGAAAAACAGCCUGCUUAUGUGAAGGAACUUGAAAGAGUUACUUCUUUACAGACAGGUCUUCAAUUAGCUGCUGUUAUCUGCACAAAUGGGAGGAGACACUUGAAUAUUGCAAAGGAAGGUUUUACUCAAGCUAGUUUAGGCCUUCUUGCAAAUCAAAGGAAACGUCAGUUGCUGAUUGGACUUCUGAAAUCUCUGAGAACUAUAAAGACAUUGCAAAGAACAGAUGUACGCUUAAGUGAAAUGCUAGAGGAGGAAGACUAUCCAGGAGCUAUUCAGUUGUGCCUGGAAUGUCAGAAUGCUGCCAGCACUUUUAAACAUUACAGUUGUAUAAGUGAGUUGAAUUUCAAAGCUGCAGAAGACCUUUAGAACAAAUUGAGG